AUGGAUAUAAUAGGAGCGACGUGGGGGCUGAGUGAACAGACUCGGCAUUUGAUUGAGAGUGGCAUCGAGAUAACAUUCAGAGUGCCUGGAGUUAUUCUGUUGGAGUUAUGGUGGAUCAAACGAGACCUGGACAUAUCAGAAGUCACUCAACAGAUUAUCGACCAGAAUCCGCUUCCUGGAUACCUCGACCUUAUGCAGAUUACGGAGUUCAUUCAUAGACGGAACCUUGAUCACACUGCCGCUACGGUCCUUAGUUACUCAGGUAAAUAUAGACAAUAGACAGUGUUUGCAUUCAUUUUUAUAAUAAUAAGAAAUCUGAAAAGUGACAUUUGUGAAGGAUAACACAUGUUUACACAUCGUUAUGUAUGACUAUACGUAAUGUUUCAGUUAUUAAAAUAGAUUUUUUCUUGGUUAACGCCUUAUUUGUUAUAGUUUUACUGUUGUGCGCUAUGUUGUUGUUGUUGCCGAUGGCAAAGUUAAUGCGGAUAUACCUACAUGGCCUGAGUUUGUCUUUAUUUGCGUUUUCCCACUACAUGUCCACACAAUACAUACAACAUGAAAUGAAUUCUGAGCCAAUUCUAGUUCUGGAUGACUUUGUAAAGAUGGAGAGGCAUGGGUUUCACUUUCUGGCACAGGUAAAUCAACAUCAAGAUACUUGAUUAUAAAGAUACUUGAUGUGACUAUUUUAAAUGAAGUAUAUUUGAGUACGUUAGCACCAUAUACUCAUUUUGCAGAUGAUGCUGAGUGUGGUGCAAUGUUUUCUCCUGGGCAUGGAAUCGGCCGUAGGGCGGGUCUCUCUGGCCGUCUUUACCAUCCCAAUCAUUGCUCGUAUGUGUGCCUGUCCAUUGGAGAAGUUGACCAUUGCCCACAACAUAUCGUGCUCGUUGGCCAUGUUCCUGAUUUGUGUGUAUGUUCUCUACAACGUGCCUGAUCUCAUGUUGUCAGCCAAGCAAGGGUGCAAAAGGUUAAGGUCGUUGUUGGCUGUGAGAGGCGUGGGUUUUGGUGAGUUUGGAUGACAAUAUUCUCAAAACGCUACAUUUUAAAUUGUUUUAUAUUAGUUUAACUUUUGGAUUUACCUAAUAGUCAUCUUAUGUCUCAGGAUUCGUUGUACUAUGGAGAAGGUUAAGGCUGGCCCAAUUACUGAGUACCUUCUUUGUGCUCAUGUUCUCUCUAAAGUGCUAUACCAUGUUUGCCAAAGGGUACGAUUCUAUUGGGGACGGAUUCAUUACCGCAGUCGCUGCGACUACCUGGUAAGCAGUAGUUUACCGUACGGCUAAUAGUAAUAUAGAUUGUAAUAUAAGUUGAUUUUCUUUAUCUAUUCUGUUAAUAACAAUAGUUAUUCAGCUCUCCCUUCUCUUUGUUGGCUCUGGCUUUGACCGUGAGCUACAUAUCGAAGUUGAUUGCCAGACUGACUGAGGUUAUGAUUGGAGCAGACUCUUCACAACACUCUGCCAAUGGCAACGAAGGCAUUGCUGAAGCCUUUACUUUGGUGUUUCUGUGUGUACAAGCUGGAGUACUCGGAAUGGGCUCUGAACAGAAGAUAUUCAUGUUGAAACUGGUGCUCUUUGUCGGUAUGUUAUUCUAUUUAAGAUCAACUGUUUAACCUGUUAAAACCGUUCACUGUAAUUUUAUCAAAAACAACUACUGUCUUUAUAUUAUGUUAUCUUUUAGUGCUAUCAGCCCUGCUCCAAUCUCUGUACGAGGUACUCGAGCCCCACUUGGUGACAAUCGGAGUAAUGACUACAACCAGAAUAAGCCAGCACAUCAGAUGUCUGUUCCUGGCAGCCAUACUACUCGUGUUUCCCAUUGCCAUCUCAUAUGCGUUGCUGAAUCUUCUCCCAGCGAACCUAUGGUAUGCUUCUUCAGAUUUAGUAACAUCAGAUGCCCAUAGCUAAGCUGAGUCUGUCAACAACUUGUCACAAUAAACUGUUUUAGGCUGUUGAUGAUCUUGUCCAGUUGCGUUAUGACUUCGGUUCGAACCGUCCAAACGCUCAUCAUAUACACCUUGUCCGUUAUCGAGACCCAGUACGAAGAGCCUUACGAAUGCUUCGACGACUUGACCUUCGCCUGUCGUCUCCUGACACUUAUCGCCGAGUUGUUGUUGUCCAUCUCGGUGGUUGUGUACGGUGGCUACGUGUCGUUGUUCCACGAUCAGUGGUCUGGGUUCAGUGUUCUGGUGCUCAUGUUCAACAGCUACUUCAACGUCUACCGUCGCAUCGUGGCGGGAGUGCAGUCAGUACGUGCACGAAGAGAUGCCUCCAUUAAGAUUAAGGGACUCCGGACAGCAGCUAUGGAUGAGCUCAAGGAUAACAGAGACGUCUGUGCCAUCUGCUUCGGAGAGUUCACUUACAGUGCAUUGAUAACACCGUGCAAACACGUCUUCCACGGAUUCUGUUUGAAGAAGUGGCUCUUUGUGAGACCAGUGUGUCCUCUAUGUUACACAGACCUCAGUCAAACUGAGAACUCUGAAUCCAAGGAGGAGAAUCGAGAACUUCAGAAUCAAGGUAAAAUUGCAAGAAUAUUAUAUUACGUAAUGUUAUAUUACUGAUAAUGAUAUGUUGCAACCGACACAACUUUAACAAUCCUGAAACUUUUGUUUUCAGAAAACGAAGCCAUUGAGAACGAAGAAGCCGAACCCUUAAUGUAA